GUACAGCAGACGUUUGAGAGAAAAAAAAAAUGACAUUUCCUGUCUUUAAGAGGGACCUCAUGUUAGGAAUUCUACAGAAGGAACAAAGAAGAAACAUUUCAGACCGGGGCAGGAGACAGAGAGAAAAGACCUAGGAAUUGUGAAUUGGACCCAUUUCACAUUUUAUGCCGUAUUCCAUAUUCUCUUCCUUUAAAAAAUGUUUUUUAGACGGAUUUUCCUGUUGCUACUGUGGGUGAGCCAAGUCCCCAUCAGUCAGACUGAGGAGCAAGACACAGAGAAGAAAGUUGGAGAAGUUAAAUCUGGAACAGAACUCCAUUUUGAACAUGAAAAAGAGGAUGAGGACUUUAAAAAGGUGAGAAGUUUCUGAGAUUUAUAUUUUUCAGCUUUUUUCUUUUGUUAAUUUGACUUGGUUUCCUUUUGCCAUACUGCAAAAGAAAUGUAUCAAACAGAAUAUUCUAAUGCACUUACAGGUCAAUAAACUGACCAAUUUAAUAUGUCUUGAAUAUAUGGCAUUGGGAAGAAGAGAAAUCGCGUUAAAGGUCAACAAGUGGGCGCAACUUUAUGAUGAUGGGCAAAAUCUUUAUAAGAACAGACAUCAACCAACCAGUUGUAAUGUGUGUGCUGAAAUAGUUUAUUGGUGUCCUUUCUAAAAGACAUCAUCCAGUUCCUUAAUGAUAUAUAAUGAUAACUUUAAUUUACCUUGAUUUCACCAUGUAAACAGCAAACAGUACCUUCCAGAGUAAUGCACUAGUGGGGGGUAUUUUUGUCAUUCGCACUGCUGUACCAUUAUUAAUUUGAGAUGCUUUUAAAGUAUCAUUCCAGUGUAUAGUUUAGAAAUAUAUAUUUUUAAUGUAUUAGUCAAAUAACAGGGACACUGUAUUAACCCUAAAUCCCUCUACUUUGCACGUUUUCCAAGACAUCUGAUCUGCAUCCUCUGAAUAUCAGCCAAAUCAGGAACUGGCUGUGAUUUACCAAUCUCUGGCCUUCUGCAAUUCAUAAAAGAGAAUCCGUGAGCAUGUGUUUGCAUGACAUUCUGCGCAUGCAUAGUCAGCAAAUUUUAUUAGAAGGCAAUAAUCAACAGUUAAAAGACACUAAUAUGGGGAGGGACAGAAGGGCAGUGGAAGGGUAGUAGGAUAAAGUAGGUGUCAAGAACGGGAUUAUGUCAUGGAGAAAUAUAAAAACAUAAAAAGUGGUAUAUAUGAAUAUACAUAAAUAUGGUCUGAAAUGAAAGUACAGAAUAUAUCUUGAAAAUCAAUAUAUACAGAUUAAUCACUAAUCACUAACGUGAAUAACAGUAUUAUUCAAUAUGUGUUUUCUUCAGAUCUUCUUGGGUCCACUUCUACCUCCCAAAACAGUUUCUACCCAAAUCCACAACAUCACUAUUGUCUCGGUAAUAAAAAACGUAGAAAAGGUUGAGGAGGAGGACGAGGAAGAGGACGUGGACGCAGUCGAUGAGGAGGAGAGUAGCAAAGAAAAGGAGGUUAAGAAAGACAACGAGAAGAAUAUUAUUAAAGAUCCUGUCCCAACAACAGCACCCGCAACUACACCGCCACCUGUGGAUGACAACAUUUCUUAUGUCUGUAAGUGCUAAUAUGUUUCAAGGAUCGAAAAUGUCUUAACUCUGUCUCCUUUUGGGGGUCUUUGCAUAUUUUUCAGAGACCCCUGAUGGUGACACUGUGCACUUGGGAUACGGUGGCCUGGCAGAUGUGAGUUAUACUUACGUGAUGCUGUACCCUACAAGCGCUGCCAACUUUAAUCUUUAACUCCUGACACUUCAUCUGCAUGGAGCCCACAUCAAUGCUGUAUUCUUGCGCAUGCACAAGAGCACAACACUGAUGUCUCUGGAGGAUCACCACGAGACUGCAGGAUCCGCCAUAAAGAUUAUCUUGCGAUGAGCAGGCCAAUGCCCAGUUGUCACAGACGUUGCUAGCAAUGGCUGCAAUAAAUGACCAAACUUCGCCUUUUCUCAAGUUUUGGCAUUAUGUAUUUACCAUAAGAAAAAGCUGUCCCUUAUGUCUUAUGAUCUAUUUUGACUGUGUUAACAUUUUAAAUAGAUUCCAGUCUUUACAAACAUUUCUAUCUUUUUGGUGACAUUGCUGCUAUAAAUACAACUGUUCACAAAACACUAUGACGUUUAUUUACCAAACACCGAAUUACAGUGAAUUUUAAUUAAAAUGUAAACUUAUGCAUAAAAACGCUGAUCGUGAAAAUUUCUCCAACGACAGUCACAACACAACUCUUUUAGACUGAAUUUUGUCAUUCACAUUUUAUUCAGUAAAGUCAUUAAACCACUUUAGCAAAGAUGCAAAUCGUCAAUGGUGUUUGUCAAAUUUAGGAGAAAACAGAGUUAAAAUAGCUUGUUUUUGUAUUGUUUAUAUUUUUUUUCAUGGGUAGCAAAAAAAAUUACCCAAAUGUUCUUGCACUCUAACUAAUAUGGCUGCCUGUGAUUCUUGGGAGUCUUAAUAUAAUAACAGGGAGCUGAUUCACCAUCUCCUCCCAUACUUCAUGUUUUAACUGCUAAACAGCUCACUUUCUCUCAACGGAAAAAAGAAGAAAAUGAGGCCAUUUUGGCUCCCAGAACACACCACAAACCACAGAAGCUGCCGUGUAGACUCUGGAGUAUUUUUUUUAUGACAGAAACAAGAGCAGAUGAGACACAGUUCUCAGUAUAUUUUCCCUUUCACAGCAUCUAUUUUUUUCUCAUGUUAGAUGGAAAAAGGCAAAGAUUUGAGUUUUCAGCUUUUUCUUUGGAAUACUAGGUUUUACUAUAUAACUACUCAAACCCCCUCCUUCUUCCCCUCACUGUGAAUACAAAUAAGAAAAUGCAAGAACAGAAAAUAUGACUCCUAAGAGAUAUUUGUGGAGAUAUUUUUUUUACCACAUGUCGGCAUUAGACAUUCCUACAGUUUAACCCUUAAUAUUUCAAGGAGGAACAGAAUUAAUUUGUAUUCAAUAUUCUGCAGACUUUUCGAGGACGUUAAAAAACCCAGGACAUAAAAGAACAAAUUGUGGGCUAUUCAAGUUAUGAACAUGUUUAAUCUAUACCUUUUUUCUAGAUUAAUGUAUAGAUCUGUCGCCUUUGUCUGUUAGUAAAUUCUUGGCCAAAGAGGCUAUGCUGACAAAAUAAACUGUAUGCAAAGAAUUGACUGGCCGCAUAAUGAUGGCGAGUCCUAUUAGAUACAGUGUUCCUUUAAUUUUUUUACACAAAAACUUGCAGGGUUGUUGGCAAUUCAAAGUGGAUUUUAAAUUUAAAGGGACACUAUAGUUACCAGAACAAUUACAGCUUACUGUAUUUGUUCUAGUGAGUAUAGUCAGUCCCUGCAGACUUUUUGCAAGAAACACUGUCUUUUCAGAGAAAAGGCAGGGUUUACAUUACAACCUAGGAACACCUACAGUGGCCACUCUCUGCAUGGAGAUAUUUAACUAUUCCCAUAGAGAUGCAUUGAUUCAAUGCAUCUCUAUGAGGAGAUAAUGAUUGGUCAGUGCGGCACGUGGCUCCUUCCCCCAGUCCUCCUCCUUGGCUGAGAUCAUCACAUGACAAUCGCAGUCAAUCCAGUGCUUUCCUAUGAAAAAACAUUGUUAUUGGCCGUGAUCAUCACCACUAGACAUGUGCAAUUAAUUUCAUUCCGAAUGUAGAUUCGGAAUAUUUUCGUGUAAUUUGAACAUUCGAAAGUCCGAAGUGCCGAAGUGCCAAAGUGCUUUCUGAAAAGUGGCAAAACAAGAGAGAGGGAGGGAAAAUUAUGUGAAUGAUGACAGGAAUCUUGACCAAUAAGCUUAUUCCUGGCACUGGGAGCCCUAAAGAUGUGUAAGUGGUUGUGGUGGCAAUCCGGGCACUGGGAGCCCUAUAGAUGUGUAAGUGGUUGUGGCGGCAGUGCGGGCACUGGGAGCCCUAUAGAUGAGUAAUUGGUGGCAGUCUGGGCACUGGAUGCCCUAUAGAUGUGUAAGUCGUUGUGGUGACAAUCCUGGCACUGGGAGCCCUACAGAUGUGUAAGUCGUUGUGGUGGCAGUCUGGGCACUUACUAGACAUGUGCAAUUUGUUUCAUGCAAUUCGGACAUUCGGAUGCUUACGAAUGUCCGAAUUGACGAAUUGACGAAUUUCGGUAGUUUGGAAGUGAAAAACCGAACCGAAUGCCAUUGGUCCGAAUUGCCGAAGCAGACAAUUUUUUACUUACCCAAAUUUCUGAACCAAACCAAAUUUUUUGCCCAUGCACAUUCCUAUUCACCAUUUCUGAUGAUGUCAACAAAGGAGACAGAUGAGAAGCAGGGGCUAUUUCUACCAGCAGAGUAGAAUAAAAGUAAAAUGUUACUAUGUUUAGAAGAGUGAGGGAUGCAGGGUGGCUAUAUAGUGUUUUUAACACUAUAGGGUCAGGAAUUCUCCAAGUCAGAUAUGCUUCCAGUUUGGCUAUUUUGGUCUAAAAUUUGAAAUCCCCUCUGAAUUCUCACUUUAGUGAAUAACCUUGUGAGACUGUGUUGUAUUAAUCCUAUAGAAACCAAUUUUAUGUUCUCCCUGGAGAGGAGGAAUAUAAGAAAAAGGGACAGAUGUCACUCUAUUUAGACACCAUUGCAUCUCAGUGAAGUGGUCUGUUGCCCGUUCCUCUGGUGUUUCGUGGAUAUGGCAAAGUUUAUAUUGCGGGACUAAAAUCACCUCUUGUGGCUGUUACACUGACAGCAGAGGUGGGGGACCUUUGGCCCUCCAGAUGUUUUGGACUACAUGUCCCAUACUGCUCUUAGAGCCAUAAUGCUGGCAAAGCAUCUAGGGAGAUGUAGUCCACAACAUCUGGACGUCCAAAGGUUCCCCACCCUGCACUAGAGGAUGUUUCCGCAGUGAGAACCAAGUCCAAUUUGGUACUUGACAUUCAACGUCCUUACGCAUUGCAUGAGGACGUUGAACAUCCUAUAGUGCUUCUCUUAGAGAAGCAUUGGAUUCAGUACAGUUCAGAGGUGGCAUAAAUAUUGAGGACUGAUUAAAAAAUUUUUAAAAAAGUAUGUGAAUGUGCACACUAUUUUUUGCUGAAACUAACAGUGGUCAGGCCUGCUACUUGCUGUACAAAUCUCAUAAAUUAUAGCACAUUCAAACAGCUCCCUUUAAAAGCCAUGAGUCGACCAGGCCUGGUUGAUUGGAUUCAAGGCACACUUAUUGCGUUAGAUGCACAUCAUCGGUGUCAGAAUGGAGUGACAUCUGUCUGAUUGGAGCUAGGGAUUCGCAGGUUGGAGGUUUGUGGGGCUCUAAGCUACGGAUUGAUUGACAGGUGGUCGAGGUGAUAUAUUUUUAACCUGCUUAAACUCAAAAUCCAUAAAUUUCUUAGCAUUUCUGCUAGCAAAGGAAUAGAAAAAAUAUGCUGUGUAUUUAAAUUCUAAAUUGCGUGUACUAUAGCAGGUACACUUUAAGGGACACAGAUCCUGGUAAUUUGAAAUUCGGCGAAGACAUGUGAAUUGCUAAAUAUAAUUUUAUAUUUUCAGUGUCUCGAAUAGCAUCGUUAGAAUCUGCUAUCCACCGCCUCAAUGUCCAAUUUUAUGGAAUGGAUGUGAAAAUGAACCAGAUGUCGCAAAGUCUUUCAAAGAUACGAACUAAACUCUCUGAAGCAGAAGACACCAUAACUACUGUAUCUGAGCUGAAUUCAAGGAAUCAAAGACAGAUUGGACAGAUUGAAGGUACCAUUGCCAAAACAGAAACAUGUGUCAGAUUCUUGUUUUCCAAGUUACUUUCGUGUCUUAAUUAAAAUUUAACAGGAUACAUCUUUCUUCUGAUGACAAAGAUUCUAAUCAGCAGACACUUCAAAGUAAUGUAGCACCCUUAUAAUAUACACAGCUAUUUGAAUUACCCACAAUUUUCUCACACACCAGCAUAUAAUUUGCAUAGAAUAAGUUCAGAUAAAUGUAUUAACAGGAUUAUUCCGUGAAUUGUUAAGAACUCAAAGUGACGCUCUAAUUUUCGGCAAUUUCACUGCUUUGGCACGGCCUAAAAUUUGUAAUUCACUUUAAAUUCAUGCUUUAGUGCAGGGGUUCUCAGCCCAGUCCUCAGGACCCCCUACCAGUCCAGGAUUUGGGGAUUACCUGGGUGUGUCUCAGGCGUUUAGAAAAAGGGAAAAAAACACCUUAGACUCGAAGGUGUUUUUUUUUCUUUUUCUAAACACCUUAGACUCACCCAGGUAAUCCCUAAACCCUGGACUGGUAGGGGGUCCUGAGGACUAGCGUUGAGAACCCCUGCUUUAGUGUAUAACACCACAAGUGUUUUUGAUUUUUAAAAUAUGGCCCCGGAUCUCUGCAAGUAGUGUAGCUUUUUGGGGCAGAGUUGUAGGAUGUAACACUGGUAUAUCUUUUUUUUCCAUUUGUAUGCCAUGUAGUACAUUGAAAUUCUGAGCAUUUCAAAGUGCAAAGACACAUUUUGAAUGAGAGAUUCAAUAUAAAAGGAAAAUAGAAACAAAAUAUAAGGAACAAUCUCUUACUGGAAUAAAGAAGAAAGUGGUUUGGGUCUUCAGGAGCAUUGCGUUUGUUGUUGGUAUGACACAAAGAAAGCAGGCACCUCGCCUCAUGUAGAAAAACUGAUAAAGAACAAUCUCUGCACACUUCCUUUUAAAUAGACACUACAGCCACUCUAAUUGCUUCAUCUCAUUGAAGUGGUUAUAGUGUUUGGAGUUCGCUGGCACCAUCCUUCCAUUCAGCGUUAAACAGUUUGUAAUAGCUUAAUGCUUAACGAACGUACCCAGAAGCCCUUCCCCUUUGAGCUGCUUGUGCUAAUCUGCGCAGGAAUGAAUGGCUGUGAUUGGUUGAGAGUGUCCACUGACUGCUUUCAGCCUAUCACAGUGACCAUUGUUGGCAUAAAUUAUAAGUCUUAGCGAUACCUCCAGUAAGCUCCAAGCUGUAGGCGGCCAGGGACCCUUAUUUAGUGUUAAACUACUCAAAAAGGUUUUAGCAAUGAAUGGGGGGAUGAUAUCAUGGGACUCCAGGUACUAUAAGCAGUUUAGUGAGAAUAAAUUUUUAUAGUCCAUAUAGUGUCUGUUUUAAUAUGAAUGUAGAAUAUUAUUUCUAUAUUUUCCCUCUUUAUAUCUUGCCACUGAACAGCAUGCUUAUUAGACUUGUGCAUUUGGUUUCAAACAAUUCGCGGUUCAUCUGAAUUUUGACAGAUCAGUGAUUCGGCCAAACUACUCCACUCCAAAUUCCUAUAUGGACGAAUUACCAAACAAAUGAAAUGGUCAAUGGACGAGUCGUUUAGUUUGUUUUGGGAUUCUGAGUUUCACCUAUGGUGCCAGGAAAAGGGAGGGAGAUGGAGAAGAAGCUGAAUUUUUUUUUUUUAUUUAAGUACACUAAUCCUGAAGUAUCGGUUCAUAUGAAUCGUUUUCAGUUUAUAUGAAUAGUUUUUCCCAAAACGAUUGCAUGGGCAAAAUUCUUUCAAACCAAAAUACCUCAUGGAGGAGGAUCUACUAUGUAUGUGAAUACUGAGAGGACGAUUAAUAUGAUAACAUGCGUUGUCACAUUCACCAUUUCUAGUAUUCACAAUGUGCGGAGAUAGUCUACUUUGUUCCAUCCUCAGGUAUCUGUAUUUAAUGGACACUCUAAACAACUACAGUACAAGACAACAUUCCACAGAGUAGUAUGUAAAAAAUGUUAUCCAACUGACCCACUAUUCUUUUUUAUGAUCAAUUCAGAUGAACCAAAUUUUAUUGCCAUGCAUUAGUCUAACCUUUAAAUCUCUUACCAUGUGCAUCGCGUCUCAUACCUUAGAGUUUCUUCUGAUUCUGUUACCUACAUCAUUAUCACAGGAAUGUUGCCUGCCGAUUUGAUAAAAAUGUUUGCUCUAUGUAGUUGCUUUUCACUUUCUCACUCAUUCUUUCUUUCUACCUCCUUUCUUCCAUAACUGACCAUCCUCAUCCUAUUUUACAAAAAUACUAUUUGGUAGCAAUCCAACAGGCUUGCUUAAGGAUUCUAGAGCUUUGCGUUCAUGACUAGUCUACAGCUAAACCUUACUGACCCUGGUGAACACUGGAUGUUGUAAGCAAACUUACGCUGGCCUUUUAUGGCCUACUUUAAUUGUGUCCAUUACUAGUAUAUGUCCAACUCCUGUUUAUAUGUCCCAAAUCAUGUUGUAUGCAUCCUGUCUUUUGAAAUUCCAAUGUCUAGGUUAGGGUGUGACCUCUUCCCUUCUGGGUAAAUUUCUCCAUUUGACUGUGUGAAUAGAGAUUAGCAUGAACAUUUUAUUAUAGGAUUUAAAUACCUUUUAUUGAAACUGUUCACUUAACCUCACCUUCUCUAAUGGGCCAUACCAAUAAUGUGAACAUGGAAAAAAAAAGAGGGGUGUUGGGUAAUGAUAUAUAGUCAGUGCACAUAUAUUAUUUGGAAUGAAAGGACCAGAACUUCAGUUUAAGAAAUAAACAUUUUAUUUUUACUUUAUGAAAAUUACUGCUAUAUUAUUAUUAUUUACUGAGAAUACCUGAAGAAUUUGCAUACUAAAAUAUUGAUAUUUCUCAUAACUUCUAGGUUGUUUGAAAGGCAAACGUCUCUUUAGAAGGUGCUACCUAAUAUUCCAACAUUUUGAGAAUUAUGCAACAGCUCAACAAAAUUGUCACAUCCGUGGUGGGAACCUGGCAAUGCCUACAGACCAGCAAGAAUUUGCCGCUUUAGCUCAGUACAUUCACGAUUCCUUCUUCCCCUUCAAUUGGCCUAUAUGGAUUGGAAUUAAUGAUCUACGAGCUGAAGGGAUGUACCUAUAUGAGAAUGGACACCGAGUUUCUUUCUUCAACUGGUAUAAAGAUCACAUGGUGACACAACCAAAUGGUGGAAUUCAAGAGAACUGUGUCUCUGUCUCAUCUGAUGAUGGAAAGUGGUGGGAUAAUGACUGCUCUAGGAGGAUGUACUAUGUAUGUGAAUACUGAGAGGACGAUCAAUAUGAUUAGAUGCUUUGUCACAUUCACCAUUUCUAGUAUUCACAAUGUGCGGAGAUAGUCUACUCCGUUCCAUCCUCAGGUAUCUGUAUUUAAUUGACACUCUAAACAACUAUAGUACAAGGCAACAUUCCACAGAGUAGCAUGUAAAAAAUCAUGUGCAUUGGAACGAUAAAGUGCACAUAUAUAAUACCCCCCCUCCAAAGGAAGUUGAUAGACUCUUUGGCCUCGAUUAAAUAUUGUUGGAUAAGCUUUCCAUAUAAGUUAAUAUUUCGAAAUAAUCUUUUAAAAUAUCAAUAUAUCAACAAAUAUCAGAAUAUUACAACAUUAAAAUGUUUUUCAGAAUAUUAAAUAAUUCUAUAAGUUUAUCCAAAAAAAUUAAGUCAUGUGAAAAGGGUAUCAACAAUUUUAAAUUGAGGCCUUUGUCUUCAAAAUGAGAAAUGAGAUACCAGGAAACUUACUGCUAUACAAAACUCAUAAAUCCCUGCUGUGCAAAGGACUUUGGGAAACUAUGGAGACUGGAAAUAAUCCAUUCGCCAAAAUUAGCUCAAAAGGUUUUACCCAGAUGGAAACAGCUAAUAGGGAAGUAAACAGAGCCUUGCACAAGCUUUUUUCCCAUUAAAGAUACACUACAGGCACCUUAGCUUAAUCAACUUCAGUUUAAUGAAGUAGUUUUGGUGUAUAGAUCAUGCUCCUGCUGUCCCACUGUUCGAUUCUCUGUCAUUAAGGAGAUAAAUAUCUUUUGUUAUUGUUUAUGUGGCCCUAGCCACGCCUCUCUUUUUAUCAGAUGUUAAAUUGCUUCAGGUUUUAUCUCCUGCAACUUAAAAAUUAAUUUUAAUCAAGCAAUUCUAGAUUAAACAGACUGUACAAUAAAGGAAGUUUAAAUAUUAGAUGUCAUUUUACAGGAAAUUUUUAGGAAGGCUGUGCAAGUCACAUGCAGGGAGGUGUGGAUAGGGCUGUAUAAACAAAGUGUAUAAACUCCUAAAUGGCCAAGAGUUUAAUAGUGAGACUGCAGAUGCAUGAUCUAUACACCAAAACUGCUUAAUUAAGCUAAUGUUGGUUUGCUGACUACAGUGUCCCUUUAAAGUUAUUUCAACAAGUGAAAGUAUGUGUGCAAGCCAAUUUCCAAAUGACACAACUUCUCUAUAUUUCCCAGGAGUCCUUGAGCAGCAGGCGUUAAUAGCAAACAAACACCACCACCAUCGAAGACGAUGGGAAGACCAUGAUUGGCUGUGAUAGUCCAUCAGCCAUUUUUUGGCUGAAGAUGACACCACUACAAAGGCAGCAGAUCCUGGUGUUUUUGUUGAACAUCAGGAACACUGAAAAUUUUGCAUUUCAAAAAAUGUUAAUGCAUGUUUAUGAUGGAUUAACCCACCCUGGGGUGUCUGUAUAAUGCAUCAAAUAUGAGAUAACGGUCUACACAAAUUCAGAAACUGAUGGAUGAUAUAUAUGUUUAAGCUGUUUAACAUUGUGAUUGCUCUUCAAAGUUCAAUGUAGCAAUUUAAAGCGCAGGCUGUGUAUUGAUUAAUAAACUUGAAACAAAAACCAUAUUAAAUCCUCAUUUUUAAAACUUCAAAGCAUCUACAGUAUAUACUCGAGUAUAAGUCUAGUUUUUCAGCACAUUUUUUGUGCUUAAAAACCCCCACUCGACUUAUACUCGAGUCACUGUCUGACUCUGAUUAUGGCAACUUAGAGAGCCGCGUCCGUCAGAGCCAUGGCAGAGCUGACCGGAACGGAGGAGAAGGGAGGUGACAGGAGCUGCAGGAAAGGUAAGUAAAUGCUUCCUGCCGGCCCCCCCAUUUCACAGACCAUGCCACUGGACCACCAG